AUGUCGAUCCCAGUGGUGACAAACAUUGAGCUCAGCUCCCUGGCCAAGCUUGCCAGCGGCAAGGUGCGGGAUCUUUACAAUGUCGACGAUAAGACGCUGUUGUUCGUAACGACGGACCGCAUCUCAGCCUACGACGUCAUCAUGGCCAACGGGGUGCCCCUCAAGGGCGCUGUUCUCACAAACAUCUCGGCCCAUUGGUUCAAGGUACUCCAGGAGCGGAUCCCGGAUCUCAAGACUCACUUCAUCACCCUGGACCCUCCUGCCAACCUCGGCGAUGCCGACAAGGAGCUGGUGCGCGGCCGCAGCAUGCAGGUUCGCAAGCUCAAGGUAUUCCCUGUCGAGGCCAUUGUGCGUGGCUACAUCACGGGAAGCGCGUGGAACGAGUACAAGAAGUCGGGCACGGUACACGGACUGGCCGUGCCUGCCGGCCUCCAGCAAUGCUCCCCCUUCCCGGAGCCCAUCUACACCCCCAGCACCAAGGCCGAGCUGGGCCAGCAUGACGAGAACAUCACCCCCGAGCAGGCGGCCAAGAUCGUUGGAGAGAAGUACGCUGCACGCAUCGAGGCUCUGGCGUUGAAGGUCUACAAGGCCGGUGCGGCCUAUGCGGCUGAGCGGGGGAUCAUCAUUGCCGACACCAAGUUUGAGUUUGGUCUGGACGAGGAGACAGACGAGAUUGUCCUCAUUGACGAGGUUCUCACCCCCGACAGCUCGCGCUUCUGGCCUGCGGAUGAAUAUGAGGUUGGCCGGGACCAGGACAGCUUCGACAAGCAGUUUUUGAGAAAUUGGUUGACCAAGGAGGGGCUCAAGGGCAAGGAUGGUGUUGAGAUGCCUGCUGAUAUUGCUCAGUCCACCAGCGAGAGGUAUUUGGAUGCUUUCAAACGUCUGACUGGCAAGACAUUGCAAGAGGCUCUUCAGGGGUAA